AUGGCCAAAUCACCUGUCCCCGUCCUGCCUUCGUUCAGCAACCCCAUUUCCCCAGCACUCUACGAGCUUGCUAACGCAACGAUUAGCGAAAUCACGAACUAUAGCCGUCCGACUCCUCAGCAUGGCAAUGACAGGCUACUAUCGAACGAUGGUGCGGCCUCGCACAUCGCGUCCCCUAAGCAUGCUCAAAUACGAUCCGGUCGUCAAGAGGCAGGUGCUGUUUGUGGAGCAGAAACGGGGCAAGAAAUAGUCACUUUAUACAUUCAAAGAGAGAAUUAG